AUGGAUAACGUUUUGCGAAAGUUUCCCGAUUUGUGUCCACAACCGGUGGUCACCGAAGAGGACAACAAACUUAGGGUUAAAUUAUUGGCUGUUUUCGGUAGUGAAGGCGAAGAAGUGAUUGCCGUCACCGCCGAUGACCGGGUCUACGGCUUCGGUGCCAACCAUUUCGGUCGAUUGGGUCUCGGAGUGAAUGGUUUGAUCGCAAGACCGCAACUGAACGCCACUCUCACCGGAAAGAAGAUAACGAAGAUAUGCUAUGGUUUGGGACACUGUAUUGGACUGACCCGUAGUGGACAGUGCUAUGGAUGGGGACAGAACUGUUACGGACAGCUCGGCAUCGGGUCUGUGGCCGACACACCGACCCCUCAACCAAUCAAAAUACUUAGCCUCAGAUUAAAACUCAAACCAGUUAUAGAUAUCUCAUGCGGUGAUAAUCACUCGCUUGCGCUGACCACAGAUGGCAUUAUCUUCGGCUUCGGGCUCAACGAUCGGCACCAAUGCGGCCAUCGAUUCGGCUUAACUGUAUUGAAAGCGUCCCGACUCUGGCGCCCCCCGUGGUUGAAAUCAGACAAAAUUGUGUACAUCUCUUGCGGUCGUAACCAUUCAUUAUGUCUGACAGAUAUGGGAACCGCUCACCUCUGGGGCAGUAAUGAUAACCAACAGUUGGGUCCAGUCGUGGUCAGAGUCGACGGCCAACCAUAUUCACUGCAGAACACAAACGGUCGCCGUUAUCGACACGCCAUCUGCGGACCCGACCAUACGGUACUCAUUACUACCACUGGUGUCGUACAGGUGUGCGGUCUUCAGCGUUGGUCACCGGUGGCCAGAAAUGGCCACUUAUUUGGCAUUAUUGUCGUCAGCCCUGAAACUCAAUUUAAACGCAUUGACACCACUUAUGGCAAUCGUGUGGUAAUCGCGACCGCAAUGGAUGGCCAGCACUUCAUUGUGGGAACAGAUAAUGGUUUGCAUAUCUUUACACCCAUUGAUAUACCGAUCGGUUGUUCGCUGUUUGAUGUUUACGCCAAUUAUUGCGGUUUUAAACGGACUUUCAAUUCAAUUGUCGAUUUGAUUCGCGACGCGAUAUCACUGUCGGACACGACCACAGCUGUAGUCACCGAAUCCAUUGGUUCCCAUUCUUACCAUCAUUUGAAGCCCGAAUCAAAUGUGGAUAUCAUUGCCGAAAGUGACGAAGAGAUCUAUUUAUCUGAUUCCGAAGAAGUUGAAGACAAAGAGACCAAUCGAUUGCACACACAAUCACUGAUGUCAUCCAAUUUAUCACAUUUUGGUCCACAUAUUGAUAAUGAAUGUCACAAAUCGGGAUCUGUAUUACCCGACGGCCCGUCACUUGUUUUGAUAUCGGAUUCAAUUGAUCCUAAAUCCACUGAAAAUGCAAUGAAUUUACGUCUCACUGAAUGUGGAGAUAAUGCGGGAACCGUUGACUCGAUUAGUAGUAUUGAUCCAAAUAUAGAUUUUCAAAACCAUUUGUUGGCAAACAAAGAGUCCAUACAAUCGAUGAACAACUGUUCCGAAAGCGAUGAAGAGAUCUAUAUGUCUGAUACGGAAGGCGAAGAAUUGUAUAAUACGGGAACCAUUGGCGAUAAGAGGACUACUUGUUGUGAUCCGAUCGUAAAGCAA